AUGAAAUACUUGGACUCAACGAACCUGAUAGGUCUUAGUACCUAUCUUGAUAGAUUGGACUGCGGAGAUAGUAUAUUGAAUGGUAUUCUGGAGAGUUACAGUUGCAAGUUUGCAGGCUCCGAUAAGAAGUUGUAUAAAUCAUUGGACAAGGAGUUGGAGACACAGUAUAGUUCAAGUCUGGACGCACAUCAUGGUAGUACCAGUGGCAGUAGCGUCAGCAGCAGUACACAGCAUCAUCUCAGCAACCAUUUAUUACAAUCUGCAUCAUUCAGCGAGUCGAAUGUCAACGGCGGUCUAUCUAUCAGUCCUUUUGGUCCGCUGACAUCGAGCGCUGGCAGAAAGACAAUGAUCUACCUCAUCUCGACGUUGAACGCCUGCUUCGUCGACUAUGACUUCUCCAACACACGACCGGAGCAGUUUCGCAAAGAGAGCAAUCUCUCUAUGGUCAUGAACAGCAUCAAUACCACGCUGCAGAGUAUCAUGCCCACCUUUAAGAAUGAGUUACAGGAACGAUUAUGGAGUUCAAUCGACAAUGAGAUUGCCUUGACAAAGACAGAUAUCUACUCUUUCAUUCCAGAGUCACCGGAUCCUUUCACAGAGGCAGGUGUAAUUUGGAGCUUCAAUUACUUCUUCUACAAUCGAACAAUGAAGAGAAUCAUAUUCUUUAGUUGUAGGCUGUUAAACAAAGCAUUGGAGAUGUCAAACAAUAGGGAGAGAAUGACGAUGAGUGCCAGUGAUGAUGAGGAUGAUGUAUUGGACUAUGAUAACGAUGAUUAUAGCAAUGCGGUAGUGGAUGACAUGGAAUUGAACUGA